CUUCAUCCUGAAACCAUGGGUUUGUUAGAGUGCUGCGCCAGGUGCCUGGUGGGAGCCCCCUUUGCCUCCCUGGUAGCUACAGGGCUCUGUUUCUUGGGAGUAGCCCUGUUUUGCGGCUGUGGCCAUGAAGCGCUCACGGGCACUGAGCACCUGAUCGAGACCUACUUUUCCAAAAACUACCAGGACUACGAGUACCUGGUGGACGUGAUCCACGAUUUCCAAUACGCCAUUUACGGAAUUGCCGGUUUCUUCUUCCUCUUCGGAGCCCUCCUCCUGGCCGAAGGCUUUUACACCACCGGCGCUGUCAGGCAGAUCUUUGGCGACUACAAGACCACCAUCUGUGGCAAGGGCCUCAGCGCUACGUUUGUGGGCAUCACUUACGUCUUGGCCGUCCUUUGGCUUCUGGUCCUGGCCUGCUCUGCUGUCCCUGUCUAUGUCUACUUCAGCACCUGGACCACCUGCAACUCCAUCGCCAACCCCACCAAGACCUCAGCAAGUAUUGGCAACCUAUGUGCUGAUGCCAGAAUGUAUGGUGUGCUGCCCUGGAACGCAUCUCCGGGAAGAGUCUGUGGCCAAAGUCUCCUCUCCAUCUGCAAGACUGCUGAGUUCCAGAUGACCUUUCAUCUCUUUAUCGCCGCAUUCGUGGGGGCUGCCGUUACUCUUGUGGCCCUGCUCACAUUCAUCAUUGCUGCCACCUACAACUUUGCAGUCCUCAAACUGAUGGGAAGAGGCACAAAGUUUUAAGCAUGAGCGAAAGAAGAGAGCCAUUACCUUCACCAGAUGCUCUUCCUCCUCUAACUACCAGGCUUUAACCCAACCAGGCAGUCACGCUGCACCAGGCCUCCGCCUCCUUUAACGCCACCUGACUGCC